AGCACCAGGGCUAAGUGCUGACAGUCACUGGCUGGGAGGACCUGGGAUGAGUUUGGAAUCUGGACUGUCCUGAAGCACUCCAUCUGUGAAUGUCUGCACACUCCUGGGCUUCCAUCUCUGCCAGUGGCACCUUUCACCUCUGCAUAAAGCUGUUCUUCAGUUUUGCUUUGCAGAGCAAGUUCCUGCAGAAAAGGAAGACUGGAUCUCAUUUCCCCAGAUGCUGUUGAGUCACGUGUCACCUCAAAAGCCACUGUUAGGUGUCCCCAUAUCCCUUACCAGGACAUGCCAUCCCUCCUGGUGACUUCCUGCAGGAGGGGACCUGAGUGACUCCUGCCCAGCCUGGACACCUGUGUGCCCCCCUUUGCCAUCCAAAGCGUGCUGAGAAACAAAUGGGAGCUGGAGGUGCUCUGUCACAGAAACCAAUGCUUGCUGCCAGCCAUGUGCCCAGCUGAGCGGGUCCCAGUGCCCUCUGCCCCCAGGGCCUGUGCCAGUUGCCACUCUGGGAUUUGCUGAGCCGCAGGGUUCAUGUUGAGCGUGCUGUGUUUUAGGGUUUUGAGGAAAAUGCAGAGGCGGCACAGCAGCAACACGGACAGCGUGCCUCCUGAAAGGAGCCGGAGCCAGACGCUGAGCUCUGAGGCCAGCGUGGACGAGAGCGGAGUGUUCGAGAGCCUCAAGGCCGAGGCCGCCUCCCCUCAGCAGCUCUUCUCGGGGCUGGCCGGCCUGCCCGCCGCCUCCAUCGCCGCCGCGCCCUUCCCGGCCGGUCUAGUGCUGGGCUCGGCGGCCGGAGGGGGAGAAGUCUUCAUCCAGAUGCCGGCCCCGAGGGAUGAGGGUGCCGGCCGGGCUGAGGGGGCUCCGUUCCACCACCGGGCGCCGGCGCAUCCCUUCCAGCACGGGCACCACCGCGGCUCCUCGCUGCUGCACAUGGCGGGCGGCGAGCGGCACGGGCACGGCGAGGAGAGCGCCGAGGAACAGGCCGGGACGCCGGCCCCGGCUCUCUCCGAGCUCAAAGCUGUCGUUGGGUGGCUGCAGAAGGGGCUUCCCUUCAUCUUGAUCCUCCUGGCUAAAGUCUGUUUCCAGCACAAGCUUGGAAUUGCUGUGUGCAUUGGCAUGGCCAGCACCUUUGCCUACGCCAACUCCACGCUCCGAGAGCAGGUGGCUCUGAAGGAGAAGAGAUCAGUGCUGGUUGUCUUCUGGAUCCUGGCCUUCCUCACUGGGAACACCCUGUACUUGCUGUACACAUUCAGCUCCCAGCAGCUGUACAACAGCCUAAUAUUCCUGAAACCCAACCUGGACAGGCUGGACUUCUUUGACCUGAUGUGGAUUGUGGGCAUUGCAGACUUUGUGCUGAAGUACCUCACCAUUGCCCUGAAAUGCCUCGUGGUGGCCCUGCCCAAGAUCAUCCUCGCUGUCAAGUCCAAGGGAAAGUUUUAUCUGAUCAUUGAGGAGCUGAGCCAGCUGUUCCGCUCGCUGGUGCCCAUCCAGCUGUGGUACAAAUACAUCAUGGGGGAUGAUCCCUCCAGCAGCUACUUCCUGGGUGGCAUCCUCAUCAUCAUGUACAGCCUCUGCAAGUCUUUUGACAUCUGUGGCCGUGUGGGAAGUGUCAGGAAGGCACUGAAGGUCCUUUGCACCCCCCAGACCUAUGGGGUCCGUGCCACGAGCCAGCAGUGCAGUGAGGCAGGAGACAUCUGUGCCAUCUGCCAGGCAGAGUUCAGGGAACCUCUGAUCCUUCUGUGCCAGCACGUGUUCUGUGAGGAGUGCCUGUGCCUGUGGUUCGACCGGGAGAAGACGUGUCCCCUGUGCCGCUCGGUGACCGUGGAGACGCUGCGCUGCUGGAAGGAUGGCACCACCUCUGCCCACCUGCAGGUGUACUGACAGACAGACAGACAGACAGCAGGGCACCUCUGCCCACCUGCAGGUCUACUGACAGCAGGGCAGCUCACCAGGCACAGAGCAGGACAGUGCCAGGAUCCCUGCUCAGUU